CAGAGGGUGGAGGUAGCACCCUGCAUGGGGUUCUGUCCCCUCAGGCCUCGUUCUCCCCAACCACAGCCUCCUCUGCAGGGACAGAAGGACAUGGCCUGGAAACUGACAGCAGCUCUGCUGCUGCUGGCCUGGCUUUCAGCCACCAUGUGCAGUGCCCGAGACGGGACAGAGCUGCUCAACAUCUGCAUGGACGCCAAACACCACAAGGCCAAGCCAGGCCCCGAGGACAAGCUGCAUGACCAGUGCAGUCCCUGGAGGAAGAACGCCUGCUGCUCCGUCAGCACCAGCCAGGAGCUGCACAAGGACACCUCCCUCCUGUACAACUUUAACUGGGACCACUGCCGCAAGAUGGAGCCCGCCUGCAAGCGCCACUUCAUCCAGGAUACCUGCCUCUAUGAGUGCUCCCCCAACCUGGGACCCUGGAUCCAGGAGGUGAACCAGAGCUGGCGCAAAGAACGUUUCCUGAACGUGCCCCUGUGCAAAGAGGACUGUGAGAGCUCGUGGGAAGACUGCCGUACCUCCUAUACCUGUUACAGUACCGACUGGCACAAGGGCUGGAACUGGACCUCAGGAUCUAACAAGUGUCCAGCUGGGGCUGUCUGCCGCACUUUUGAGUUUUACUUCCCCACGCCUGUAGCCCUGUGUGAGGGCAUUUGGAGUCACUCCUACAAAGUCAGCAAGUACAGUCGAGGGAGUGGCCGCUGCAUCCAGAUGUGGUGCCCGGCCCAGGGCAACCCCAAUGAGGAGGUGGCGAGGUUCUAUGCCUUGGCCAUGAAUUCUAGGGCCACGGCCCAUGGGAUUGGGCCUCUCCUGCUCAGUCUGACUCUGAUGUUCCAACUCUGGCUCUUCCGCUAAGUUGUUCCCACUACUGAUACCUGGACAUUUUCCUUGCCUGCACCCAAUGUGGGUGACUUCAGCUCAGCCCAGUUCAGCCAGCUUUCUCAAUCAGGAGCCUCACAAUGCCUUGGUCAUUCAUUCCUUAUCCAAGAUGUGUACUAUGAGGUUUCUGUGACAGCCUAUUCAAGUAGAGAGAUCCACGUGG